GGACGCUCAAAGGGGCUGGCCGGGCUGACGUCUGUUGUGGAGCGCUUCUUCUAUCGGGGGAUCUAGACCCAGUAAGAUUAUACAGAACACAGAAGAAAUCCCUUUGCUGCCCUUUGCUGCUCUCCGCCAUACUCUUCUUUCUGUUGGUUUGUGGACUAUGGUGACGGGAAGAUGUUGGCUAGGAAGAGCAUCAUCCCUGAAGAAUAUGUCCUCGCCCGUAUCGCUGCCGAGAACCUGGGCAAGCCACGCAUCCGGGACCGCCCACGCAAAGCCCGCUUCAUUGCCAAGAACGGGGCCUGCAACCUGGCUCACAAGAACAUCCGGGAGCAAGGCCGCUUCUUGCAAGACAUCUUCACCACCUUGGUGGACCUCAAGUGGCGCCACACCUUGGUGAUCUUCACCAUGUCCUUCCUCUGCAGCUGGCUGUUCUUCGCCAUGGUGUGGUGGCUGGUGGCCUUUGCUCACGGAGACAUGAACUACCCGUGCGUUCAGAACGACAGCAGCAGCAGGUGGAAGCCGUGCGUGACUUGCGUCAGGUCCUUUACCUCAGCUUUCCUCUUCUCCAUCGAGGUCCAGGUGACCAUCGGUUUCGGGGGCCGCAUGAUGACGGAAGAGUGUCCCAUCGCCAUCACCGUCUUGAUCUUCCAAAACAUCGUGGGCUUGAUUAUCAAUGCCGUCAUGCUCGGAUGCAUCUUCAUGAAAACGGCACAAGCGCACCGGAGAGCAGAAACGCUCAUCUUCAGCCGGAACGCCGUCAUUGCUGUCCGCAACGGCAGGCUCUGCUUCAUGUUCCGGGUGGGGGACCUGAGGAAAAGCAUGAUCAUCAGCGCCUCGGUGAGAAUCCAGGUGGUCAAGAAGACCACAACGCCCGAAGGAGAAGUCAUCCCUAUCCAUCAGCAAGAUGUUCCGGUUGACAACCCCCUCGAAAGCAACAAUAUCUUCCUCGUGGCUCCUUUAAUCGUUUGUCACAUCAUUGACAAGAGGAGUCCCCUUUACGAUAUCUCUGCCAACGACUUGGCCAGUCAAGAUCUUGAAAUCAUUGUCAUACUUGAAGGAGUGGUGGAAACCACUGGGAUCACCACCCAAGCGAGAACGUCCUACAUAGCGGAAGAGAUCCUCUGGGGCCAUCGCUUCGUACCCAUCGUGACAGAAGAGGAAGGGACCUAUGCAGUCGAUUACUCGAAGUUCGGGAAUACGACCAAAGUGGCGGCUCCACGCUGCAGUGCCAAGGAGCUGGACGAGAAGCCUUCCAUCCUCAUCCAGACGCUCCAGAAAAGCGAGUUGUCCCACCAGAACUCCUUGCGGAAACGUAACUCCAUGAGGCGGAACAACUCCAUGCGGCGGAACAACUCCAUCAGGCGGAACAACUCAUCUUUCAUUGUGCCCAAGGUCCAAUUCAUGACACCAGAAGGGAAUCAAAAUGCAGUAGAGACAUGACAGGUCUCACGUGAUAAAACGUCAUUCUUUUGUAGA